CGCCGGCAGGGGGCUGAGGGCGCGCGGGCACGCCGACCUAGCUGCGCUGCCGCUACCACUGCUGCUGCGGGUCGCCCGGGGGACCUGGCUUGUGAGGGUGCGCGGGGCCGGGUGACGUCUGCCCAGCUUCAGGGGAUCUUCCUGACCCAGGGAUGGAACCGAGGCCUCCUGCAUUGCAGGCAGACGCUUUACCCUCGGAGCCACCAGGGAAGCCCAUAAAUCUGUUCAAAUCCUGCCCCAUCACUCUCCAGCAGGAGACAUUGAUUCUGCAGACCUGUCCUCACCGCUGUGCAGCACGUCGUGGUUGUACUUGGAGCGUAGUAGAGCUAAAGAAACUGGAUCUAGAGGUUAACUGGUGUUUCCAAGUCACAUUUCUUGCUACUGGCCAAGAGGCUCGAUAGGGCCAGCGUGCACGCGUUCUCAUUCGCCAAGUUGCAUCCGACUCUUUGUGACCCCGUGGACUGUAGCCCGCCGGAAAAAGAGGUGCGACUUUUAUUCGCUCAUCCGUCACCAUGGAGCUGCUGCGCCCAGCCCUCCCCAGCUACUUCCUGCUGACCCUGCUAAGCAUAUGGACAGCUGCUUCUGAGGCUCGUGCUGUGUCCACAGGGAUGCCCACCAUCAGUGCAGCCUCUUUUCUGCAAAACCUCAUGCAUCGCUACGGGGAGGGUGACAGCCUUACCCUUCAGCAGCUGAAGGCCCUGCUCAACCACCUGGACGUGGGAGUAGGCCGGGGCAACAUCUCCCAGCCCGUGCAGGGCCCGAGGAACCUCUCGACGUGCUUCAGUUCUGGAGAACUCUUUGCUGCCCACAACCUCAGCCACCAGUCGCAGAUCGGGGAGCGUGAGUUCCAAGAGUUCUGCCCCACCAUCCUCCAGCAGCUGGACUCCAAGGCCUGCUCCUCCGAGAACCAGGAGAAUGAGGAGAACGAGCAGACAGAAGAGGGGAGGCCCAGCUCGGUGGAAGUUUGGGGGUAUGGUCUCCUCUGCGUGACCGUCAUCUCCCUCUGCUCCCUCCUGGGGGCCAGCGUUGUGCCCUUCAUGAAGAAGACUUUUUACAAGAGGCUCCUGCUCUACUUCAUAGCUCUGGCGAUUGGAACCCUCUACUCCAACGCCCUCUUCCAGCUCAUCCCUGAGGCUUUUGGUUUCAACCCCAUGGAAGACUAUUAUGUCUCCAAGUCUGCAGUGGUGUUCGGGGGCUUUUAUCUCUUCUUUUUCACAGAGAAGAUCUUGAAGAUGCUCCUUAAACAGAAAAACGAGCAUCAUCACGGACACAGCCAUUAUACCUCUGAGACGCUCCCCUCCCAGAAGGACCAGGAAGAGGGGGUGACAGAGAAGCUGCAGAAUGGGGAUCUGGAUCAUAUGAUUCCUCAGCACUGCAGCGGGGAGCUGGACGGGAAGACCCCCGUGGUGGAUGAGAAGGUCAUCGUGGGCUCCCUGUCCGUCCAGGACCUGCAGGCUUCCCAGAGCGCCUGCCAUUGGCUGAAAGGCGUACGCUACUCAGACAUCGGCACGCUGGCCUGGAUGAUCACCCUGAGCGACGGCCUCCACAACUUCAUCGACGGCCUGGCUAUCGGCGCCUCCUUCACUGUGUCCGUCUUCCAGGGAAUCAGCACCUCAGUGGCCAUCCUGUGUGAGGAGUUCCCACAUGAGCUUGGAGACUUUGUCAUCCUGCUCAACGCCGGCAUGAGUCUCCAGCAGGCUCUCUUCUUCAACUUCCUCUCUGCCUGCUGCUGUUACGUGGGCCUGGGCUUCGGCAUCUUAGCCGGCAGCCACUUCUCUGCCAACUGGAUCUUUGCACUGGCUGGAGGAAUGUUCUUGUAUAUUUCGCUGGCUGAUAUGUUCCCUGAGAUGAACGAGGUGAGCCAAGAGGAUGAACGCAAAGGCAGUGCCUUGAUCCCCUUUGUCAUCCAGAACCUGGGCCUCUUGACUGGUUUUGGCAUCAUGCUAGUCCUCACCAUGUACUCGGGACAUAUCCAGAUCGGAUAGGGCCCCGCCAGGAGCCAGCGGGGUUGGCAGUCCGGCCCUGGGCUGCCCGACCCCUGGCCCAAGGACACCUCAUCCAGGAAGCGGUUCGGAAGAGGCAGUUCUAUUAAAAACUGUGACACAGACUCUAUUCCUACAUUCAAAUGUCAGCUGGUUUUAAAAAUGCUCUAUCCAAGGAAUAAGCUGCCCUGGUAACCAGCCUCUCGGUAGUGCCUCUGUCCCUUUCGUCUUCUCAACUCAGUUCAAAAGACAAGCCUAACUUUUCCCUCUGGUUACCUUGGCCACUUUCUCUCCCAACCAGCACUGAGACAUUCUGAAUCCUUGGCCAGGUGGCACAGAAAGAGAGCCAGGGCUCACAGCUUGGUGAGAAAUACUAGGAGGUGAAUCUACAGUUUGGGGCUCAUAAAAUCUCAGUGUGUUUCCUGGGCCUCAGGGUGACCCAUUUUUAAGUGAAUUUGCCUGUUUUUUUUACAGCAGAAGUACAAAGGACAGAAACCCUCUUAUAUUUUCAAAGUCUGUUCGGUCGCCUGUUCUGUCAAAGAGAUGUCAAAGCUGGAAACAGAUGAGCAGGGCUGGAGGAGAGGCAAGGGUCAUUGUGUGUGGAUGAGGGGAGGGUGUCUUGUCAGGAUGGUCACUUAUUCCCACUGGGACCCUGGGCCAAAAUUGGUUCUGCACCUGGUGUUUUGUGGUUGUCUAGGUGAACAGCAAGUAGUUUGUGUUGCCUGAACCUCCCCUCCUUUCAGAUGAACACUGGAGGAUGCGGGAGGGCAGAGAAGAGGGACCUCUGAGAAAUCCAAUGGUUUUGCUACAAUUCCCACCCCUCAGCCCCCACCCCCAUCUCCUGAGAGACACUUCCACCGCCUCCCUGGCAGCACACUCUAAGCACAGUGACGACACCCGUGUUGGAGGGGAGACCGCACAAAUUCACCUCCCUGGACACCAACUCGUGCUGCCAAGUGACCAGCUGACUUUCAGAACUGGAAUGCCGCUUGGGGUCUUCUUGACAAGGGUAAUCGGAGGUGCAAUCAGCGCAGGCAACAUUUAGGACUUACUAAUGCCACAAGUAACAGUACACAUGGUAGAACUCUGAGCUGGGAGGGGAGCAUCCUUGGUGUUCACAGAAUAGGGGACCCAGGAGCUCCUGCGGCAACCAGCUGGGUCCCCCUUCCACCCUCACCCCACACCAGAAAGGGCGAAUCCUGUAUGGAACUGAAUAUGAAUUAUGCUAAUAACUCUCUUCAGAAAAUGAAUUGAUAGACUCAUGUGUGUGUAUGUGUGUGGGAGACCGUAGGUCCCCUGCUUGCCCUGUGGAGCCCUCUCCGCAGAGCUCCGGCUGUGAGGGGAGCUCGUCUCCAGGUUCACUAGGUGAAUUGCUGUAUUAUUAUCAUAUUGAUAACGUGAGAUUCCUCAGCCACUCUGGGGAGCCGACCUCUCCAGAAGCCUUCCUCAGUGGUGCCCGCGGUCGCAGCCCAGGGGCUGUGCUCGCAGACGACCUGUGCGCGUGGCUGACCAGCGCUGGUCCGUCGCCACCACCCGAGCACAUUUCUGUUCUGACAGGAAAACUUUUCCACUCUACAGUAAUUGAAAGCAUCGACUCUGGGUUUUUUUCUUUUUUUUUCCUUUGGGAAACAUCCCUCAAACUGGGACUAUUCUUGAACAUGAGCAGGAAAACCGCUGGUGAUGCUUUACAAGUUUUUCUCAUCUUGCCUGUUGACUUGGAUAGAUUUGAGAAUGGGCGGAAGGAGGAGGAAAACUCAGUUCUCAAGAUUCUAGAUGAACUGUCAGGACAGACUUCCUGGUAGGAUUACGGUCCAGUUUUUACCAAAGAACCAAUUUGAAUGUUGGAAUCUAACUUUUUAUACUGUUGUUAUUAUUGUCACUGUUAACUGUUUUGAAAUGAAUCUUUGUCUCUUCUGUUUCAUUUUUCUCAGAUUGCUUUCAGGAGCUAGCAGGAAAUAACACUCAAAUCUUAGGACCUUAGAUGAUUUUGCUUCCCGUAAUUUACAUCGAUGUAUUAACUUGAUAAUUUUAGCAUUCCCUGUAGAUCUGUCCUUCCUUACAGACACUGGUAUCUGGAGUAGAAUCCUAAGUAAGUGUUAGUGGGUUUCUAGUCUUAGGAGAAGAGCCCAAAAAUGUAACCUUGAGCAAAUUAAAAAAAUAAAAUGUGAGCGGUAGGGUGUUUUCCCUUCUUGUGCACAUCCAUAUUAAGAACUGACUUUCCUUUCACAGACACCUGCUUCAAAGGGGAGUUUUUUCCAAACUGUAACUGGUCCAGAGCCCAGUCCCAGUUGGAGCUUAGGAGGGGUAGAGACACUGAAAUUGUGCAACGGAUUACCUGUUGCUAUUGGCAACAGAUUUGCCUCAUGAAUCGAAAAUGUGGCAGUUUCUUUCUGAAGUGUUGGGUUUGCUGUUUCAAGCAUUUGUACACAUUAGUAGUCUGAGGAGUACCAAGUUCUGAGGACUUAUUUCAUGGCUGGCAUUAGCAUCUUCAGCCUCUCUCCCUUUCUCUAAGGAUAACCAGGAAAGUAUGUGCAACGUGCAGGAGCCAUGACUCCAGAGGAGGGGUUCUGCUGCUUCUCACCCUCCCCCUGGCUUGCAGGUCUUCUGUCCUUGCCUCCAAGGGUUUUCGUGUCUAGUGUCAACUUAGGUCUCCCUUUCACUGGUCCUUCACCUUGGGUUUUAAAAAGAAAGCUUCUCUUUUAUGGUAUCCUAAGACCUGUUUUUAGUAAAUCCUCUUCCACAUGGUAAUAUGGAUAUAGCAAUAUGUUGGAAAUCUGCUUAAAAAGAAACAAAAGGUUGUCUGAUUUUUGCAAAAGAGAGAGGUUAGCUUUUAUUAUUCAUAUUUUAUUUUACAGUUCUGCAAUUCCAUCACAGUAUUUUUUUAAAUGACUCAGGUGUUAUGAAGAUAAAUUAGAAAACAAAAUAAACUUAAGUUAUGUGGACUGUAAAUGUUUUUAUUUGUAAGAUUCUAUAAAUAAAGCUAUAUUCUGUAA